ACACUGCUGUCGUUUGCCGUUACGUGUUGUUAUUUUGUGCAUUGUAUUAUUUGUAUUGAAAUAACGAAGUGAAGUGAACCGUUUGCUUACUUUGUGAUACGAAUUUAUGCAGUCAAUAUGUUGCUCGGACCACAAAAAUCUAGAGUCAGUGAGAACAAAUAUGCCAAACCAUACUGUCAGUGUUUCAAGAAACGUGAACCAGUGCCGUGGAAGCAGGUGAACCCGUGCUCAUGUGGAGAGGACAUUGAGGUACGCGAAUGGAAAUGGCAACAGCCCGAAGAGAGCCAGAGUUGGGUCGUGUUCGAAGACAACCAGAAGCAAGUCACGUUCCACCCGUUCUACAGUUCCGGUACAGCUGCGGUGCGAGGGGACACAGCUUUCAGCAGGGACCAUCAUUAUUACUGGGAAAUCAAGAUGUUAACAGACACAUAUGGUACUGAUAUUAUGGUAGGCAUCGGCACCGACAAAGUGAACAUCGCCGACAGCCGCUUCAGGUUCACGUCCCUCCUGGGCGAGGACGAGCACUCCUACGGCCUGUCGUACAAAGGCGCCGUGCGACACGACGCGAAGAAGGCCGACAGCCCGGGCUUCUGUCGCGGCUCCAUAGUUGGCGUGCGCGUGGACAUGUGGCAGGGGACGCUGGAGUUCUACGUCAACAGGAAGCCGCAAGGCAUAUCCUUCUACAACCUCCGUCGCCAUCAAAACCUUUUCCCCAUGGUGUGUUCCACCGCGGCGCAGUCAACCAUGCGACUGAUAUACGCGGCGUCCUGGCGUGCGUCGUUACUGGUCGACGCGGCGAAGAUACUGUCAGCGUCAGUCAGUGAGGAAGAGAGGGCGAGAAUACCGCCGGGGCUGUGGAGGCUGCUCAAGCCACACUUCUGGAUGCUGAUGCCUACUGAAGGUGAGUUGUCUAAUGUGCUGCUCGAUGGAGCUAUAACUAUACCCAUGGUGUGUUCCACCGCGGCGCAGUCGACCAUGCGACUGAUAUACGCGGCGUCUUGGCGUGCGUCGUUACUGGUCGACGCGGCGAAGAUACUGUCAGCGUCAGUCAGUGAGGAAGAGAGGGCGAGAAUACCGCCGGGGCUGUGGAGGCUGCUCAAGCCACACUUCUGGAUGCUGAUGCCUACUGAAGGUGAGUUGUCUAAUGUGCUGCUCGAUGGAGCUAUAACUAUACCCAUGGUGUGUUCCACCGCGGCGCAGUCGACCAUGCGACUGAUAUACGCGGCGUCUUGGCGUGCGUCGUUACUGGUCGACGCGGCGAAGAUACUGUCAGCGUCAGUCAGUGAGGAAGAGAGGGCGAGAAUACCGCCGGGGCUGUGGAGGCUGCUCAAGCCACACUUCUGGAUGCUGAUGCCUACUGAAGGUGAGUUGUCUAAUGUGCUGCUCGAUGGAGCUAUAACUAUACCCAUGGUGUGUUCCACCGCGGCGCAGGCAACCAUGCGACUGAUAUACGCGGCGUCCUGGCGGGUGUCAUUACUGGUCGACGCGGCGAAGAUACUGUCAGCGUCAGUCAGUGAGGCAGAACGAGCGAGGAUACCGCCGGGGCUGUGGAGGCUGCUCAAGCCACACUUCUGGAUGCUGAUGCCUACUGAAGAUUGCCUUCCCGACACAUCUCAACAAGACUCUCCCAUGGAUUUUGAUGAAGUCAGCGAUAGCGUGCUGAGCGCACUGUUCCCAAGCCCGUACAUGAACGGGUUUUACGUGGACGGCGUGCAACCCGGGUACCGUCUCGUCGUCUGGGAGGACACCGGCAUCGUCAACUGA